AUGGCGUCUUUCAGGACGCGUGUGGAGGAAGUUCUUCGUGGGGAUGCUAUGAAGAAUGCUCUGCUUGAGGAGUUGUUGACUACUAUCGAAAAACUCACCAAGGAACGCGAUGCUGCGAAGAAUGAGCUUGACAUGGCUCAAGAUACUGCUCGAACCUACUACCAAAGAAUGAUGCAAGCUGAAGCGGAAAAGUCGCGUUUGCAGACAUCCAUGGACUGUGACAGAUUUGUCCUUGUUUUGAUUGAUGGCGACAGCAUGCCGUUUCUUGACGAGUUUGUCUCGAGGGGCGUAGAAGGUGGUGAAGAGGCAGGCAAACACCUUCGCGCCGCCGUUUUGGAAUACCACAAAACAAAUGCGAAAUAUCAUGCCGACGAUCGAAUUAUUAUACGGAUCUUUGCAAACUCACAGGGGUUGAGCAGGACCUACAAAGCUGCCAAGGUUCUUCCAGAUGAAGUGUUGUUUGAGCAAUUCAUGAUCGGGUUUAACAGAAGUCAUCCAUUUUCUGAUUUCGUCGAUGCAGGCAAUCACAAAGAAGCGGCAGAUUCGAAAAUGAAAGCAAAUCUCGAACUGUUCUACCGGAAUCACCAUUGUCAACACAUCGUGUUUGGCGGCUCUGGCGACAGCAGCUACGCUGGCUUCCUCAGCCCAUUCGCUUUGCCGAAUUCAAUCAACGAACGCAUCACAAUCCUCGAAGGUCCGCCCUUCCCUUAUGACCUGAGGAAGGUUGCCCAAGGCUUCCGUCAGGCAUCUUUCAAAGGCAUUUUUAGGUCAACGAAGAUUCAAAUCGGACCAAAUGGUAACCACGCUGUGGCCGGUAUGAAGCACCCUGCCCCUGAUACCCUCACGUCCUUGAGAGAUCGACCCUCUCCAAAGCCGACCACUGCUGUUGUCACACCUCCCAAACCGCAGCCGGCUUCGAAAGUCAAUCAGCCCUCGACGAAUCCUUCCCCUCCAUCUCCAUUAAUCUACCAGAACCAAUACGGGCAACGUCUGGAUGUACCUCUCCAAAUUGACAAAGACUAUUUGCAAUUCCUGUACGACAAGAAUUCUCGACUCUGCAACAAUUACUAUCUGAAGGGUCAUUGCCCCUAUGGAGCUGCCUGCGAAUGGGAUCAUACACAACAAUUAAGCCAGCUCCAGCUGGAUACAUUUCGACACAAGGCCAGAACAUCCAACUGCCGAAACCCCUUUUGUCCAGAUCCCGCAUGUUGUCUUGGCCACAUGUGCCCCCGAGAUUCUUCUUGCAACAUCGCAAUGUGUAAAUUCCUCCCGGAGAUGCACAACAUCGAUGUUAGCCAAGUCUAUGAAUACAAUACCCAAACGAAAGAAAGGAAGCGGAUGUCGAUGCCUGCCUGA